GACACGGGGGGAGACACGCGGGGAGAAAGACACGCGGGGAGAGAGACACGGGGGGAGAGAAAAUUCACAGGGAGAGAGACACACGGGGAGAGGAGAGGGGGGCACGGAGACACACGGGGGAGAGCGACAGGAGUGGCAGACACAGGAGACGCGGGGUAGCGUGGAGCAGCGCAGCUCUGAGUGGCAGUGUUGACAGACCGGCAACGAGCAGCAGACAACAGCAGCAGCACCGAUAUCGAGAUCCAUGCCCCAGCAGUUACAGCAGGGCUCAGCACUGCCGUAUACACAGCAGCAGAAACAGCAGCAGUGCAGGUGCCACAGGCAACCAUUGACAUCAACAGCUGAGAACAGCAGCAGCAGUAAAUAAAUAGGAGACACGUUUGAUAGUAACAUCAAACGUGGCAGCAGGGAAUAGAGCAUCGACAGCGUUAGUUAGUAUCCGUAGCAGCGUCAUAAAUACAAAUCGGCAAAUCGGAACCACAGCAGCGGCGGCAUCGGCGACGGGCGCCAUGGUGACUCGAAUCAUCUCCCGUCUGGUCGUGCUGGUGUUUGGCACGCUUUAUCCCGCGUAUGCCUCAUACAAGGCCGUGAAGACGAAGAACGUCCGUGAGUAUGUAAAGUGGAUGAUGUACUGGAUCGUGUUUGCGUUAUUCCUCGCCGUGGAGACGUUCACAGACAUCCUUGUCUCAUGGCUGCCGUUUUACCACGAGUGUAAAAUCGGCAUGGUGGUGUGGCUGCUGUCGCCAUACACGCGUGGCUCCUCGCUCCUCUACCGCAAGUUUGUCCACCCGGCGCUCGCCUCUCGAGAGAAGGAGAUAGAUGGCUACAUCCAGCAGGCGAAGGAGCGCGGCUACGAGACUGUGAAGUAUUUUGGGCGGCGUGGACUCAACCUCGCCGCUACCGCUGCGGCCACCGCCGCUGCCAAGGGUCAGGGAGCCCUCUCUGAUCGCCUGCGCAGCUUCAGCAUGCAGGACAUUGCACUGGGAGGGGUGGGGGAUGGUGUCACGUGGGGGCCUGGCCCGCAUCCCAAAUUGGAGCCCUUUGACCCCAAGACGAUGGACCAAUCGGAUGAAGAGGCUCCCCCUCCCCCCAAGCCUAAGACUGCCCCGGCCUCCAAGGUAGCACGGCCUCCAUCAGGGAAACCAGCCCGGAGCGAGACCCAGGCGAAGAGAGGCAAGGCGCCAAUCCGGAAGAAGGUCACCAUUCAACUUGCUAACCAGGACGCAGCAUGACGGUGCCAUCACCGUCACCAAAACCGGGACACACGAUGACAUGCGGACACACAUGGAGACGUAAACAUGAAGGGAUACACGGGGAUAUACGGGAACACACGUCAACACAUGGGGAUACACAGGGCCACACCGGGACUUGCGUGGACACACUGGGACACGUUUGGACACACGAGGACAUACGAUGACACGCGGGCACACAUGGAGAAUUGAACACAAAGGGAUACGCGGGUACACAUGGUGACACAGGUUUGGCACCGGUUCCGAGUUUCCCCGCUGUUGCGUUCUUACUCGCUUACAGAUGGGUGGUUUCUAAAUUAGAUGUAACCCUUCCUCCCGUCCUAGUUUCACAGUCCUCCCGUCAUUGCGUAGUGGUUUACAUGAUCUACUUGGUUCACUGGACGUCUUAACGAUGAUCUUACCGAGUGCACUUGCGUCGUUUGGUUAUUAAUUUAAUGACAUGAUUAUUUUACUCUGCACUUUGCCUGACUGAACGUGUGUGACAGUGCGCGGUGCUGGUGGGGGGGGCGGGGGAUACGCGGUGAGCUUCCCAAUAGCUUGGCGCCAGUUGAAAAUAAGGACGUGAUGCAGUGAAUACGCAGACCACAUUUUUCAAGUUCACAUCACGAUAGAUUUUGGUUAGGCUCUUGGUUUAUGGUCAGGUUUAGUCGUGGGUUUAAAAUCAGGGUUAGGGUCGGGGCUAGAGUCUGGGUUAAGAAUCUGCGUUUAUUAUGAGGCUAGGUUUAGGGUCACGACUGGUCAGAGUUUGGGUCAAGGCUUAUAAUCAGGGCUAGCUAGGGUCAGGGUGUAGGCUAGGGCAGUAUUUUAUGAGGGUCAUGGUUUACAGGCAGAAAUAAACAUCGGGGCUUGUAUCCAUCGGUGUGU